AUGGGAUCACCUUUUGGGCCCCUUGGAAUGCCACCUCCUGGAGCACUUCAGCCACUUGCUCCUAGCAUGUCACCUGCUCCAGGUCCUCCAAUUAGUCCUGGUGUCUUCAUUCCACCAUUUUCUCCACCAGUUGUUUGGGCUGGCACCCGAGGUGUGGAGAUGAAUUUGCUAGGCGUUCCCCCGGCUCUCUCUGCUGUCCCUCCUGGGCCAGGAGGCCCAAGGGGAGUGCCUCCAAGCAUAUCUGGUCCUGGUUUUAAUGCUUCUGGACCAGUUGGACGAGGAACACCACCGGAUAAAAAUGCCGGGGGUUGGGUUCCUCCUAGAAAUAAUGGUCCUCCUGGCAAAGCUCCUUCAAGAGGAGAACAGAAUGAUUAUUCGCAAAAUUUUGUUGAUACUGGUAUGCGACCCCAGAAUUUUAUCAGAGAGCUAGAGCUGACCAAUGUUGUCGAGGAUUACCCCAAGCUUAGGGAGCUUAUACAGAAAAAGGAUGAGAUUGUGGCUAAAGUUGCUGCACCUCCCAUGUACAUGAAAUGCGACCUGCACGAGUUUGAGCUGUCAUCAGAGUUCUUUGGAACCAAGUUUGAUGUUAUUUUGGUGGACCCUCCAUGGGAGGAAUAUGUUCAUCGAGCUCCUGGUGUUGCUGACCAUAUGGAGUAUUGGACGUUUGAAGAUAUACUAAAUCUUAAGAUUGAGGCAAUAGCAGAUACUCCUUCUUUUAUCUUCCUCUGGGUGGGUGAUGGUGUUGGUCUUGAGCAAGGCCGCCAAUGCUUAAAGAAGUGGGGAUUUCGAAGAUGUGAGGAUAUUUGUUGGGUGAAGACCAACAAAAGCAAUGCAACUCCAGGGCUGCGGCAUGAUUCUCAUACUUUGUUUCAGCAUUCAAAGGAACACUGCUUGAUGGGUAUAAAAGGAACAGUUCGUCGCAGCACUGAUGGCCACAUAAUCCAUGCUAAUAUUGAUACUGAUGUAAUUAUUGCUGAGGAACCUCCUUAUGGUUCAACACAAAAGCCUGAAGACAUGUACCGAAUAAUUGAGCAUUUCUCUCUAGGCCGCAGAAGGCUUGAGCUCUUUGGAGAAGAUCAUAAUAUCCGGUCUGGUUGGCUGACUGUUGGCAAAGGAUUAACUUCAUCAAAUUUCAAUUCUGAGGCAUACAUCAAGAAUUUUGCUGACAAGGAUGGGAAAGUUUGGCAAGGAGGGGGCGGAAGAAAUCCCCCUCCUGAGGCCCCACAUCUUGUUGUGACUACCCCUGAUAUAGAGGCUUUACGCCCGAAGUCACCAAUGAAGAACCAGCAGCAACUGCAGCAGCAACAAUCAGUAUCUAUUUCUCUUACAACACCCAAUUCCUCCAACAGAAGAACAGCAGGAAAUUCUCCCCAGAAUCCAGGCACUUUCAGUUUAAACCAAGAGGCCUCUGGCUCUAACCCUUCAACUCCGGCCCCUUGGGCAUCUUCGCCGAUGGAAGGCUUUAGAGGACGAGAAGGUGGGAAUAUGCCUUCAGAGGACAAGGUUUUUGAUAUGUAUGGUUAUAGUGGGCAGGCAAAUGGAGAUUAUCUAGAUUUUGAUUCUCAGAGACCUAUGAAUUUGUCGUAA